AUGAAACCUAAUAUAGCAAUUCAAUUAGCAUCAGCAACUAAAAAACAACAAGAACAACGUCGACAAUGUCUUUCAAUUCAAAUUUCGUGUAUCAUAUAUCUACUUCGGCAAGGUCUUGCUCUUAGAGGAAAUAAAGACGAAAACAGUAAUCUGAUUCAAUUAUUAAAACUUCGAAGCGCUGAUCAUGAAUAUUUAAACGAAUGGAUGCAAAAUAAGAAAUACUUGUCACAUGACGUUGUUAAUGAAAUUUGCAAAGAAAUUUAUUUAAUAAUUAUUCGAGAUAUUGUAAAAGAAGUACGGCUAUAUGAAAUAUCGGCACAAAAUGCUCUAACUAUUGUUGAAGCAAUUUAUGAUGUUAUAAGUCGAUGUGGCUUAGACAUGAUUAAUUGUCGCGGUCAAAGUUACGAUGGGGCAUCGAACAUGUCUGGGAUAUACGGUGGUGUAUCAUCAAUAAUCUUGAAGCAAUAUUCAAAAGCUAUUUAUAUCCACUGUGUUGCACAUUGUUUAGAUUUAGCUGUACAUGAUUUAACAGAUCAAUGUGCUUCUGUUGGUAACUGCAUACAUUGUGUAAAAGAUAUUAUUGAUUUUAUACGUCGAUCACCUAAACGUCUUGUUAUUUUGAAAAAUAUAUUUAAUCAAAUAUCGUUGUCUUAUACAACUCUUACAGCAUUAUGUCCGACUAGAUGGACUAUGCGCGCUGAAUCAUAUAGUUCGUUAUUAAAAAACUAUGAACAAGUUCAAGAAGCCUUGUACAAAAUAAGUAAAGAAAAAGGUGGUCCUGGUCUUUUAAUAUUUACAGAUACUGUAAAGCUAUCGCGAGCAUUUCAGGGCUCUGAUUGUUGUUUACAAGAUGUUUUUUGUGCUGCUGAAGCAAUUAUUCAUCGUUUUCGACGUAUUCAAGAUGAUAUUAAUUUUGAACUGUUUUAUAAUCAAGUAGUUAAAAAUAGUGAAGGUUUAACAGAAAAACCUACUCUACCUCGACUUCGACGACUACCACGACGAUAUGAAUCAAAUACAACUCUCGUAAAUUAUGCUAGUUGUGAAGAUUUUUAUCAAAAACAAUAUGUUGAAACUUUAGAAAUUAUUAUUAACAUGCUUCAAACUCGAUUCACACAAAAGAAUUUUAAAAUGUUAUGUGAAGUUGAAAAGUUUAUUCUUAAUGUAUCUAAUAAUCCACCUGAUAGUUUCAAUGACUAUAUUAAAACAAUUAUAGAUUUUUGUCAUGGUGAUAUUGAUCUUGACAGACUAAAAUCUGAAGCACUUAUGAUUUCAGACUUUUUUAAAGUUGUUAUUAACAAAAAUCAAAUGAAAAUAAAACUGAUUACCAAAAUUUCGACAGUUUGUGAAAUUUUAAAUACCUGCGAAAUUGGGAAACAAAUGUUUCAAGAAUUUGAUAAAUUAAUUCGACUUUAUUUAACUGUUCCAGUAACUACAGCAACUGCCGAAAGAACGUUUAGUGCAUUAAAUCGAGUGAAAAAUACACUUCGAAGUUCUAUGACUCAAUCACGUCUUAAUCAUUGUUUAUUGGCACAUAUUUAUAAAGAAAAACUUGAUAAAAUAGACCCAUAUCAAAUUCUGUCAACAUUUAUAUCAUCUAAUGAACAGAGACGGACAUUUUUUGG